UAAACUAUCCAUUCGCCGUUUCUUGUAUUGGAAAUCUGGCAGCGCAUUAUUGGCAGGGCAUCUUCUCAGAUCACUAUUGGAAAUAUUUAACGCGGUUUGCUAGUCGAAUUCCAUUCACUUCUGAGUUUCAAGCUAUCCGAGUAACUGUUUAUUGGAUCACUUAAAUAAUGUCGUAAGCAAUCCUUAAUUAUGUGCGCAAUGCGAUGCAUAUCUUCUUAGGCACAAAUUGAUAUAAAUAUGGAUGUUUCCCGUUGUCUGGAAUAUUGUUUGAAUGUUUCUAUUGGGAGUACUUAGUAUUCAACCAAGUCAACGCUUGUGUCUAUUAACCGUUCGUUAAUAGUAGCUAUAACAAUGGAGGAAGGAUACGGGACUCGGAGUGUAUCUGAGUGAAGAUGGGUAGCUAUGGGGAUCGCAAAAUAGUGGAGCAGAUGUCGCCUGGACCGGCCAACAACACCUCCGCGUACGUGAACGGCACGUGGGCUAGUUCUGGCGACCACGCCGCCCUACUACUGAGGACUCUCGGAGAACGCCGGAAGGGAGUGACCACAGUAAUUCUCCUCACAAUUAUCUACACCGCAAUCUUUAUCACGGGCGUGUUAGGCAACCUGAGCACGUGUAUCGUAAUCUGGCGGAACUCGUACAUGCACUCGGUGACUAACUAUUACCUUUUCAAUCUUGCCGUGUCAGACGUUCUUACCCUUUUUAUCGCCCUGCCGCCGGAAGUCUACUCGAUCUGGGAAGCGUACCCAUGGCGUUUUGGUGAGCCGUUUUGCAUUAUCAAGACAUUCGUCAUGGAGAUGACUUCAUAUUCAUCGGUGCUCACCAUCACAGGUUUUACAAUCGAACGCUACAUGGCCAUAUGUCAUCCAAUUAAAUUGCAGCCAUGCUGUCAUGUUUCAAGGGCGACUCGCUGUAUCAUUAUAAUAUGGACUAUUUCGACGUUCAGUGCCUUGCCGUACCCGGUACAUUCAAGGACGUUCUACUAUCUGAGCGACCCGCAGACGGGACGGCCUAUCGCGGACUCGCUUGUUUGUAACAUUCCACACCGAUGGACGGGUCGUAUGAUCUCGGUGUUUCAACUGUCCACUUUUGUAUAUUUCCUCGUGCCCAUGGUUGUCAUCACUCUCAUUUACGUGCUCAUCGGCGUCAGACUGCGGGCCACGGAACUCACGGUGCCCGCCAGCCCACAGUACGGCAAGACCACCGCCACAAGAGCCCGCCGGGCCAUCCUCAGAAUGCUCGUGGCGGUGGUGGUAGCGUUCUUCCUGUGCUGGGCUCCUUUCCACGCUCAGCGACUCAUGACCCUGUACGUGGAACACUGGACUUCAAAGCUCAUCGAAGUGCAGGGAUACCUCUUCUAUGUGUCUGGAAUCCUGUAUUUCUUCAGCUCAACUGUGAAUCCAAUUCUAUAUAAUUUGUUGUCGAGGAAAUUUCGUCGGGCUUUCAAGCGGACAUUGUGCAGAUGUUUCGUGAGUGCGAAUUCACUGCCAACCUUUUAUAUGCUCAAGGCUAAGUUUAUAAACAAUGAUGGCGAGGCGGGCUCGUCUCGGGGACCGUCCAUCAGCCGCCCGGCUCAGCAGAAGCACAGGUUGAGGCUGGUCUCAUAUUACAAGAACGAAAAACACGCCCCGCGCUGCCGCAGAACGCCAGAAAAACCAUCGACACGAGACACGCUGUUGAAUAAAACCACCCGGAGUUCAACUUGCAGCUCGCACGCGCAUUCUGACGGAGGACUUCACGCACUGUGUCGUCAUAAACGCUGCACGAGCAGACGGAAAAGCUCGUUAACACCGCGACUGAAUGGAUUAGUGGCUUCGUUUCAGGAUAUUAAAACACUGCGACGUAAAGACGUAACUGCAAGCCCAAGCAGACUAAAUGCUUACAUACCAGACGACAAGGAUGACACAUAUGAAUGUGAGUCUACCACAGACGCCCCGAUACUGCGAAUAACGCUGAGAGUGUAGCUGAUGACAAUCAGCUGUGUUGGUCGAGAUCGUAUCAUUAUUAUACGUAUAAUCUGUUUCAAUGUACAUGUUGUAGACAAAUUAAGAUGUAUCGAAGAGGUAACAUAUGUUGGACUAGUUGGUAAUGCCGUUAUCUCUAGUUGCGGGUUUCUGUCGGUAUCAGUUUCAAUUUGUUUGAAACUCAUGUAUCUCGUUAAAAGGACUAGACACCAGAUGGUGAAAAAAUCGGCAAAUUCAGUUUUUUCCUCAAAACAAGCCUAGAAUUGUCAAUGCGAGCAUAAAGGAGGUCGAUAAUGCACCAUUUUACAUGAUUUAAACAAUAAACACAACAAUAAUGUUGCUGUCUCAUCUGGAUUUCCCCGCUAAUCAAUAGCGCAUAAUGGUUUCCGAGUUGAAGUCAUGUCUUUUUGAGUGAUAAACAUAAUGAUGUCAUUUUACAACUUACAAGAAUUACCGUAGGGUAUAUUUUGUAUUGGAAAAAUGCUCAAAAGCACCGUAAGAUGCAUGUGUCAUAAGCGAUGUAACACAUCAGUAAGUAAGACUCAUUGCGUUGUACACAACAACGUCAGCGUUCAGUAAAGUUUUGACAUUUUUAUUAUUUUCUUGCAAUUGUAUCUUCAGGUGUCUAAUUCCUUUAACCGAGUACAGCUGCAACGUUUCUCUCCCUAUCUGACAAUGACGCCUGCUGACACUGCACAAACUCUGCCUUUCGUGUUCAGCCAAAUGUAUUGAUAAGAUAUACUCGUUUUAUAUGUUUUAAAGUGAUAUAAGUUAAUGUUUAUAUGAGGUACAGCCAAUACAUUUCCAGAACAUUCGGCUUCUUUAUUUGUCUAGUAUUGAAUAUAAUUCUUAAUUAGUUACAACACGAAUGGAGCAUUAAGUUAUUUUUAUAUCUUACCUUAUAUCCUAUGACAAACUAAGGGUUUAGUUAUAACAGACGACCGAAUUGUGUAUAACAAGUUAUUUUGGACCAGGCAAUGUUGACUUCUUCGAUAGCUUGAUCUGCCGGCCCCGGUCUCAUUCGUUUUUUUAUGUAUCACGUGAGAACAUUUACUGCUGCACCGUAUUGUUUGUUAUCUGACAUUGAGACUUGCUGACGCUGCACUAUCACUUUCUUCGUGUACAGACAUAUUUAUUGAUAAGAUAUUAUAUUGUCUGUAAUGAAAUGAUAUAUGUUACUGUUCAUUGAAAUUAAAGCCAUUACAUUUCCAGAAAA